GGACAUUCUUCCCCGACGAAGACGGAAUGCCCUGCAUAUCGUUCAUGCUAGACAUUGGCUCCAACGUGAACAUCAUCGGAGCUAAUACGGCACGAACCUUCCAGGAGGUUAUGGCCAGGUACAAUCACAGACCGGCCAUAUGCACACUGAGCAAAACCCUCUACAUCAACGGUGUCGGUGAGGGUGCUGCGAUCUGUCGGAAAAUGGGCAACUUCAAGAUCGGGGUGCAAUAUGCCAAUGAGGCAAGCCCCCGCAUCGAGGAGUAUGCUUCCAACAUCGCAGAGGGCUCAGGUGCAAACCUCCCAGCCAUCUGGGGCCUGGGCGCCAUGGAAGCACGUGACACAAUCAUCGUGCUGAAGCCAGGCUUCCAGAAGGUUAUCUUCCCCAGCGGAGAUUAUACUCUUAAGGGUCGGAAUAACGAAGUUAUUGCUUGGCACAAAUCCGCCCGCGCUGUGAACGACCCCGCGGCUGGCCGCGGGGGCGCCCUCGCUCGGCUGGUCGGCCGCGCGCUG